GACAAAACAAGUGGUUUUCUUUCACUCCAAGCUCACAUGACAUAUCUGCACCUAGUCCAUAACAUUCAGAUUCUACCCCAGAAAAGCUCAGUCAGUGUGCCGCCAUUGAUUUCCCAGCAUUCCUUCCUGUCGGGAUCUUUACCGUGUGAUGUGCACCUACUCAAUCUUCGGUCCUUACAGCAGAGUUAUGAUGGAGCAAUCACACGGAGCGAUGACUCAGCACUCCUAUUACACAGACUAGGACUGGAUUGUGGGAUUUCAAGCCAUGGAUUACCUUGUACUGAUACACAGGGAAAGGUCAGAUUACGGGAUCUGUUCAGUGACACGCUAGGGGUGAAGGAGAUGCGGCGGACGUCCUUGACAUUACUACACGACAAAGGCCCCACAUCGCUAGAUAGUGACCUUACCUUGAAUCCCAUGGAAAUAUACAGUUUCAAGGUCAAAUGGUGAAUGUUUAUAAUGGGAGUGAUUUUGUAAUUGUUUUAUGUGAUAAACGGCCAUGUAGACUGAAGAUACUGUGAAACUGGGUGUGAUAAAAGGCUGUAUAGACAUGAUAUUCUGUGAAAUGCAUUGUGUUACGACUGUAGAGAUUUCAAAUGCUGUGAAAUUGAGUAUCCUAGUGAGAUUUAUAGACUUGAGAUCAUUUGAUAUUUAGUGUGAUAAAAUAUGUACAACCAUGAGAUCCCGUGAAAUUGAGUGUGAUAAAAAUUGUAUAGACUUGUGAUCCUGUGAAAUUGAGUGUGAUAAGAGUUGUACAAAUUUGUUUUCCAGUGAGAUUGAGUGUGGAGUAAACUGUACACAUGUACAUAUUUUUUAUGCUGUGAAAUUGAGUAUGAUAAAAGAUGUAUAUUCUUGGGAUCUUGUGAAAGUGAGUUUCAACUUUUUAUUGGACAGAAAGCUGCGCUAUCUGAGUAGGACUGUGUCAGAGAGUGUUUAGAUGUGAUCUUCAUUAUCCGACUAUGUCAUGUAAAUGAGCUUACAUCAGGCCAGGAUUUCUCGAAAAGAACUGAAGUCGAAACUUGGACUAAAGUCUGAGAGUUUACUCAAAUAUUGACUGCUUAAAUAAAAGAAAACUGAAACUU